AUGACGGUAAGCUGGGGCCAACAUCGACAAAGUGCGCGAUGCUUGGAUAUGGUCCAGAUUGCAAAGCUUGUAGGGUAUUUGAUCCCGGACUUGAGACGGCGGUUUGACUUCACGAUGGUAAUGGGUGUUGUCGAAGGACCAAUAGUGCAGGGUGCUGAAGCUAAUCAGGCGAAUGGUGAUCUUAUUAUGAGUGACAAUGAUGAUGACGAUACAACUAUUGAUUAUCCUGCAACUUCCAGUAGCAAUGGAGCGUCAGAUAGUGAAAUGAAUUCGACGGAUGCUGCUAGUGAGGACGAUUUGACUGAGCUGUUUCUUAGAUACAUCUUGAUCUGGUAA